CUCCCCAUUCAAAUUAGUAAUUACAACCCCUCUCUCUACAAUUAACACAUUCAUAUUACUCCACAUUCAAUUUUAAAAUCCCAUUAAUAUAUUCAUAUACAAAUAAAUAUACUAUUUCUCCUCAAAACCAACCCACCGUAACUUUUUCUCGUAUACUCCUACUAAUAUAACUAAUUUAAUCUUUGGCAAUUCAAAGAUCAGAAUUUGUUGCCAUGUCUCCGACGUUGACUUCUCAAGGUGUAGUCUUGGCCACCGCCACCGCCAUGGCCGUCUCCGCCGGCACCGCCGUCCUCUUCGAUCUCCUCCUUGAGAAGUAUUUCCCUCCCAUCUCCCAAAUCCAUCAAAAGAAACUCCUCAAACCUUGCCUAUCUUCAGGUGGCAAUAGGAGGAGGAAGAAGAAAAAGAAGGUGAAAUUUGCGGAGGAUGUGAAGGAACCGGAGGGGAAUGGCGAACUGUACAGAAAAGCAGGGAGGAAGAGAAUCGAAAUACAUAAGAAUCGGUGUGGAAAUGAAUUGCCGCCGAAUCAUGCUGCCCUCUACAGGGGGAUUUUGAAGGGUCGUAUGAACACAAUGGGGUAUUCCUUUUGACUCUUCAAUCAUUAAUUAAUUUAAUACUACUAUCAAUUAUUGAUUCAGAUCAAUCACUGUUUUUUAUUUUUAAUUAGAUGAUAAAUCAUUGUAAAUAGUAGUUACAAAGUUUGAUUAAUCUUGCUCAAUUAAUAGUCCUAAAUUUCUAUGAAUUUUAUUUUAUUUUA